UAAAUGCUUUAUAAAUUUCCAAGUACAAGUAACUUCUAUGAAAUAGCAAAUGAGCUUUUCCUAAGGUAUCCUUCUCUAAAACCUCGUCACUGCAAUGGCUUUGUGAGUAUUUAACUGUAUAAUUAAAACUAAUAAUAUCAAUGGUGUUACAAAGUUAUAUAGCUAAAGAAUUUUUUUUUUUAUUCUAUUGUCAGGAAUUUCUUGUGCAUUUGUUGAAGGCAAAAUUUAAGCGAGUUAGGCGUCCUUUUCUAAAUGAUGAGCAAGUUGCACAGUUUAAAAUAGAGUUCUCAAGAAUUGAUUCUGGUCGUAAGCGAAAUUCUGUCUUGCUGAAUGAGUCUGUUAAUCUUUGCUCAGCAAAACGUCACUGCCAUCAUUCAAGUGAUAAGAAUGUGGAUGAUGGUAUAACUCAAGAUAUUAUAAAAAGCAUGAAGAAUGAGUGUCAGAAACUGCGCCCAGAUAUAGAAUUUUUGGCUCACCAGAUUAUGUUGUCAAUUGAGGCAUUAAAAUAUACAUGCCGAAAUGAAAGAACUUCAGAUGUCCUUAAUAAAUUCCCAGCACUUUACUAUGAAAAAGUUCUUUUUGCAGCAGCAAGAGUUAAAACAAAUAUAGAUAUUAACAAUAACUGCUUGUUAUUAUUGGGUAGAAUGAAGGAGGGAAUGAAGAAGUUAAUAGAUUUAAAAAAACCUUUGUCAGCUAGAUGGCAAAUAUUAUGCAAUGGGGUACUUGAUGAGAUUAGUGAUGCAACAAUAAAAAACCUUCAUUGUUUAAUUCUUCCAAGCAUUUUUUGUGACGAAGAAGCACUUUUGUUCACCAUGACGCUAGUAAAUUUUAUUGAUCGUUUAAAUGAUUGUAUAUCAUUAUAUCAUCGAUUCGUUUAAAUGAUUGUAUAUCACUAUAUAAUAUA